GGGAGUGAGGCAGGAGUCCGCGAUAGAGGAACCACCUGCAGACAGCAGCAACGCCUCAACAUGUUACGGAUUUGAUUCAACACUGUAUAAACGACAAAUAUCUCCUUCAUACAGUGGGUGAACACACACUGUCGUGGAGAUGCAACAGUUUAAGAAUUUAUCGAUUUGUCUCAUUUCCCUUUUAUGUGGGUUGACAACUGGAGCGUCUCCAAGUGUUCAAAUUGGGGGCUUGUUUCCGAGGGGAGCUGAUCAGGAGUACAGCGCGUUUCGGAUCGGGAUGGUUCAGUUCGGAACGGCUGAAUUUAGACUGACGCCUCACAUCGACAAUCUGGAAGUAGCUAACAGUUUCGCUGUAACUAACUGCUUCUGUUCUCAGUUCUCAAGAGGAGUUUAUGCUAUUUUUGGAUUUUAUGACAAAAAGUCAGUGAACACAAUAACGUCGUUCUGCGGGACACUUCACGUCUCUUUCAUCACACCAAGCUUUCCCUUGGAUGGAAAUCAGCAGUUUAUCAUUCAGAUGCGACCAGACAUCAAAGGACCUCUCCUGAGUCUCAUUGAGUACUACAAAUGGAACAAGUUUGCCUACCUGUACGACAGUGACCGAGGACUUACCACACUCCAAGUUGUGCUGGACACAGCAGCAGAGAAGAAAUGGCAGGUGACUGCCAUCAACGUGGGCAACAUGAAGGAUGAGAGAAAGGAUGAAGCAUAUCGCUCACUCUUCCAGGACCUAGAAAACAAGAAGGAGCGGAGAAUCAUCCUUGACUGUGAGCAGGACAAAGUUAAAGAUAUCAUGGAACAGGUCAUAACUAUUGGCAGGCAUGUGAAAGGAUAUCACUACAUCAUAGCAAACCUGGGUUUUGUGGAUGGAGAUCUUUCAAAAAUCCAAUACGGUGGAGCCAAUGUGUCAGGCUUUCAGAUUGUGGAUUUCGAUGACCCCCUGGUAUCUAAAUUUGACCAGCGCUGGGAAGCCCUGGAGGAAAAAGAAUAUCCUGGAGCAGACAGCAAGAUACGGUACACUUCAGCACUGACGUAUGACGCAGUUCAGGUGAUGACUGAGGCCUUCCGUUACCUGCACAAACAGCGAAUUGACAUCUCCCGUAGAGCUAACACUGGAGACUGUCUGGCCAAUCCUGCUGUACCAUGGGCACAAGGGGUGGAGAUAGAGCGUGCCCUAAAACAGGUGAGAGUUGAUGGUCUCACUGGUAACAUUCAGUUUGACCAGUAUGGAAAGAGGGUAAAUUACACCGUCAAUGUCAUGGAACUGAAAAGCAAUGGACCAGUUAAGAUUGGCUAUUGGAAUGAAGUUGAUAAAAUGGUUGUGACAAAGUCUGAUCUCUUCCCAAAUGAUACAAUGGGGUUGGAAAACAAGACUGUGAUCGUCACCACUAUUCUAGAAGCGCCGUAUGUAAUGCUAAAGAAGAAUGCUGACCUUUUUGUGGAUAAUGAAAGAUAUGAGGGGUACUGUGUGGACUUGGCAGCUGAGAUAGCAAAACACUGUGGAUUUAAAUAUCAGCUGAAAAUAGUUGGAGAUGGCAAAUAUGGAGCCAGAGAUGCAGAGACGAAGAUCUGGAAUGGAAUGGUUGGAGAGUUGGUUUAUGGGAAAGCUGACAUAGCAGUGGCUCCACUGACUAUCACUUUAGUCAGAGAAGAAGUCAUUGACUUCUCAAAGCCAUUCAUGAGUUUGGGCAUCUCCAUCAUGAUCAAGAAGCCUCAGAAAUCCAAGCCUGGUGUUUUCUCAUUCCUGGACCCUCUGGCCUAUGAGAUCUGGAUGUGUAUCGUGUUCGCCUACAUCGGCGUAAGCGUAGUGCUUUUCCUGGUCAGUCGUUUCAGUCCAUAUGAGUGGCACACAGAGGAAUAUGAGGAUGGCCAGAUACAGACCAAUGAGUCAACCAACGAGUUUGGGAUUUUCAACAGCCUUUGGUUCUCUCUUGGAGCUUUUAUGAGACAAGGCUGUGAUAUUUCACCAAGGUCUCUUUCUGGCCGCAUAGUUGGAGGAGUCUGGUGGUUUUUCACCCUGAUCAUAAUUUCAUCCUACACGGCUAACUUGGCUGCCUUCCUUACAGUGGAGAGGAUGGUGUCUCCAAUUGAGAGUGCAGAGGACUUAGCAAAGCAAUCAGAGAUUGCUUAUGGAACUUUAGAUUCUGGUUCAACAAAAGAGUUUUUCAGGCGUUCCAAAAUUGCUCUUUUUGACAAAAUGUGGACGUACAUGAAAAGCGCAGAGCCCUCUGUAUUUGUUAAGACGACAGCAGAAGGUGUAAUGCGGGUGAGGAAGUCCAAGGGGAAGUAUGCAUACCUCCUGGAGUCCACAAUGAACGAGUACAUCGAGCAGCGCAAACCCUGUGACACUAUGAAGGUCGGAGGGAACCUGGACUCCAAAGGCUACGGCAUCGCCACCCCCAAAGGAUCCUCAUUAAGAACGCCAGUAAACCUUGCAGUAUUGAAACUCAGUGAGCAAGGCACCUUAGACAAGCUGAAAAACAAAUGGUGGUACGAUAAAGGUGAAUGUGGAGCCAAGGACUCUGGAAGUAAGGUUAGUCGCUGCAGGUUCUAUGUGAUCAAGCACACUUUUGAUUAGUGGGAACUGCCCAUAUUUAAAUUAUAAUGACUUAAAAAAAAAUAAAAUUAAAAAUUAUUUUAGACAGAUAAUGCACAGACAAGCAUGAGAUGCCUUGGUGAGAUUCUUUGACUAAUGCCUGCAGAGCUACUAAUAUCUGGUACCAUCCACUGAUAAUUAAAAAGUAAUGCAUGCCACUUCAGUCAUACGCACUUUUUGUAAUAUCUGUAACACAACCAGUGGUCUCCUUCCAGCUUCUCAAUCUGAGAAUCACAGAUCCUGCUAUUACUUGCAGACCUGAGCUGUGCCAAGUUUAGAAUAGCAGUUCUCAGACAUUCAUAUCCAGCACAUAUGACAAAAGACUUCAAAUUGUUCAAGAAUGAACAUGAUUUCUCUCAGGUCAUUUGUAGGACCAUCUACAAGGGUGUCCAAGAUUCUUAUAUGUCUUUGUUUCACUGUGUGUUAAGCUGUUUGGUUUUGUUUUGUCAGUUGUCGUAUAGUGUUGGUGUACUGUUUUUAUGCUUACUGAAAUAUGUAUAUGUACAGUAUGUGAAACCUGAUACAUCAUGCUUUGCCAUGUUUGCACUUUUAUGAUACAACAUAAAAUGUGUAUAUAAAACAAUACUCUUUGCAUAGCCAUAUAAAUCAUUAUCCUCAACUUCAGGGUUGUAACCACCACAGGUAAUAUUUAGAUUAGAGGUUGAUCAAUUUAGGUAUAUUCAUCAAUAUAGUUUUCUUAAUAUUUUGAAAACUUUGGAACCCCAAUUUAUUGCUAUUAUUGGACAAACUUUUUUUUACUGGUAACCUAAAAAUUAUCCUAAAUUAACAGUUUUUAUUAAAGUCAAAAAUAUUAAC